UCAACAAUAUGAAGUCCAUCGUCUUCAUUCUGGCCAUCUUGGCUUUACUUCUCUUUGAAGCCUCCUCAAACGAGUCAAAUUCAGAUGUUGAGCUUUCCGUGGAACGUCUCCUACAACUCGUCCAGCUGAAAUUGGACGAACUGUUCGUCGAGAGCAGCGAACAGGUCGAGCAGCUGCUGACCGAACUGUACCAUCUGCGCCAGUCGGUGGAACACGUGGCCUGGCUGACGAACCGGGUCGAGCGAGCCGUCCAGAAGGUUCAGCUGAACAACGACGUCCUGGUGCGGAACGUCAGUCUGCUGACCAGCCAAACCGACAACAUCAUCCUCAACCAGCAGUACUGCGCCAACCACGAGGCGCUGAAGAAUCUGUUCUUUGAGCUGACUCCAAAGUGUUUGGGCAAUCAAACGGUACCACCGAUUCCGACCCCAUCCAUCGCGACGACUACUGAGGCUGCUGAAACUUCGACGAUUCCAGAUGAUCCCAUCGUGUACGAGCGAUGCACGCAGGCUCCAUCGAUAUCGGGCGUGUACCGGCUGCGCCGCCUGGACGGAACCGUGUUCAGUGCGUUCUGCGAGCAGGAACGGUUCGGCGGAGGGCUGCUGGUGUUCCAGAGUCGACUGGACGGGUCCGUGGAUUUUAACCGAAGCUGGAGCGAGUUCGUGGAGGGCUUUGGCGAUCCCGCCGGCGAGUAUUGGCUUGGGUUGGAGACGCUGCAUCAGACGGCCCCAAGUGCGACGGAGCUGAUCAUUACCUUGAAGGACUUCUCUGACGUUGAGGUGUACGAGCAGUAUCCGAGAGUGUGGUUUGAAACGGAAAGAACCAAUUAUCGAAUCAGAAUUGGUGAACGCGGAACCGGAACAGCUGGAGACUCGUUUUAUAUCUACUAUAGUGAGGACUUCUCGACGUACGACCAUUACUCCAAUAUUGCCCAACGAGCUUGUAUUACUUCGCUGGCUAGUGGAUUCUGGCACCAUUCGUGCAACACAGCUCGUGAAAGGAACAAUCUCAACGGAAUCUAUGGGCGCGGGAAAGGUGCAAAGGGCAUCUGGUGGGGAACCUUUGGCAAUCUUACUGUUCAGAACACUUCACCGCUGAAAUCGGUGCAAAUGAUGAUUCGCAAUUGAUUUUGAUGCUGUUUAAAUUGAAAUUCCAAAAUACUUAAA